AAGAAUGAUGUUAAGCUUCUGCCUGGGGCCUGGAAGGGUGAUGUGGCUGUGGCAUCGCCGGCCUCGCUAUGUCUGCCAUUUUCAAUAUUCAGAGUCUAUUGACUGUAAUCUUGCUGCUUAUAUGUACCUGUGCUUAUAUUCGAUCCUUGGCACCCAGCCUCCUGGACAGAAAUAAAACUGGAUUGUUGGGUAUAUUUUGGAAGUGUGCCAGAAUUGGUGAACGGAAGAGUCCUUAUGUUGAAGUAUGCUGUAUAGUAAUGGCCUUCAGCAUCCUCUUCAUACAGUAGCUGGGGAAAAUGCCAGAAUUUAAUUGCCAUCAGAUUUCAUUGUGAACAAGGACUUACUGCAGAAAAUAAUGGAAAGGAUGUUUAACUCUUUUAUCUCCGAACAUUGAAUGAGAUAAAUUUCCA